UUAGCUGAUUCCCUGCCGAAGAGGAAGGACUUCAUUAAGCCAACGAUGGGAGAGCGGUAACCCUCAUACAUAUUAAGUGGUAUUGCAGCCACCGGACAGAGCAGCGGCAACAUACAGGAGGAGACCUACAUCGGAGACUUAUAUGGGCCAGCCAUUAAGUGGGAGCUGUGAGGGCUAAAUCUACAAUGAGAGUGACGAAUGUGACAGGGUUGCUGCUAGUGCUACUGCUGCUCGGCCCUGGAGCCCACGGACGCAGGGGCCGAUCUCGCAGCAGGACGAAGAGCAGGGUGCAGAUUGGUCUGCCCAUAACCGGAAAGUAUCGCGACCCAGAGUCUGACCAGUAUUACAACAACAGUGAUGGAGCUAAGAUCCUGCUGGCAUCUCACUUUGACUACGAGUACAUGUUGGGCCACAAGAUAGUGUUCGUCUGCGUGGCUAAAGGCACACCCCAACCUCAGAUCACCUGGUUCAAAGAUGGCAUUGAGCUAUAUGCACAUUCUUACCUACAUGUUCAUGAAUGGAAGAUGGGGACAGACAAAGUGAAGUCAAAGCUUGAGAUCGACCCAGCUACGCAGAUGGAUGCAGGGUUAUAUGAGUGUUCUGCAGACAACAUGUAUUCUGUUGAUCGACGCAGUUUCAAGACAGAUUUCAGUAUUGCCUUUGACUGAAAUUUUUCUCUGCCCCACCCAACAUAAUAGUCUGAAGACCCCCCUCCCCCUCUGAGACUACACAAACAAUAUGAAAUGUACAACAGGAUGAUGAUUUCCCCCAUCAGAUGGCACACAGCGACGCCACGUACUCUUCUAAAUUCAUGCAAACCCAGAGCAUUCAACAGCUUUACGAUUCAAAAUUAAUUAUUGACAAAUUGCCAAGUAAGGCAAAUUGUUCCAAUAUAUAUGCCUACUGUUGACAAGGAAGUUCAACACAUCCAACUGUAACAGCAAAUGGCCACAGUGCAUCUUUGCAUCAGAUAAAUUUUAAUUUAAAAACAUUGCAAACCUUAUACAAGAGUAAUGAAUUUUUGGCUCAUCUGUUGCUGAAGAUGGAAGAAAUAUGAAUUUGUAAAGAAAACCAGUCGCUGAACGAGUUAAAUUCUGUCCACCCACAUUCAAUUUCCUAAACCCACACUAUUCUCUCAUAACCAGCGACCAGACACUUAAAUAAGAAAUUUCCUCAUCAAAAUUGUUGAUGGGUUUCCAUACAUUAGGGAGCAUAUGAUAAUAUUUAUUAAUGAUGUUUAACCAAGAACUCACCGGCGGUCAUUGUGUAUGAUUUCCAUGUAGUCCAUGGAUCUGGCAUAGAAGCCGUCAGCUGUCAAUGCUCCCCAGAAGUUGGACCACGCCUUAUAUGGUCUCAACAGCAGUGGUGCCACAACACCCCUACACAAGUAACCUGCGUUGUAGUAACCGUUACAUUGUCACUGCAGCAGGUUGUGCCAGAUCUGCCAUUCAAUUUUAAAGCACACUGAUUCAGAAUAAUUAUUUUUAGAACUAUCUACUCCUUAUAUUUGGCACUAAGGUCUAAAAACAACCUCAUUAAUUGUUUCAACAAGGCUGUCUGGACACACAAUUACAUCACAGCCCUGAUAAUGAGGAGAGAUGGUCCCUGAAAAGUAGUUAAUUUUUAACCAAGCGACAUUGCUUAUAGCCUACGAAAACUGUAUUAAUGUUUGUCACUGUGAAAGCUUCAGAUCAUACACACAUACAGACUGGUGUCAUGCGACAAAACUGAGGUCUACAUCACACAUGGAGACAGACCCUGAAGGGAUAAACACACAUGCCUAAAUCAUCUUUUGACGUAACCGCCGUCGGUCGUCACAUUUCAAAAGAUGGCUCUUCCUUUAUCUUAAGGUGCGAGAGGGGGUUUCUAUUGUAUAUGGUAGGCUGAGUUAUACUUUAUCUGUGGAUGGAUUUAAAGAAGAAUAAAGUCCAAAACAAACAAAUUAAAAUACAUCA